CCCCCCAAGUAUCACUAUACUCUCGGUUACCAGAAUUUAAUGUGUAGAAAUCCAAUCACAUCUUUCAAAAAAAAUUUUGAUUAAAGAACUGAACAUGCCAUCCUAUUGCAGCCAUCAAUUAAUUUAAUAACAUUGUGUUUCUUUAUUUCAGGUCAGGAACCUAAGAGGUGACAUAUUUACAGAUCUGCACACUGUAAAUAAAGGCAUAUGUCAUAAAAAUGAAUAAGUAUCAUUCCUUUGGAAAUUUAUGAUGAGACUCUUGGCCUCAUACAUCUGGUGAUGGUGAAGAAAAGUGAACUGCAACAUUUGAAGUAUUUUACAACUUUUUAUUGCAUCUUGUACAGCUUAAAUAUGAAAAGCAGAUGCAGAAUUCCAGCAAAUACAGGAGUUAAAGAAAGGAGCUGAGUGGAUCCAUCAUUAUUGCAUUUUUAGUUCCAUUUGGUAUAGUUUAACAUGGAUCUAUAUACUUUAACAAAAUCGAUAGAUGACAAUCUAUCUUUCUGUAAAGAAAAUAGCACAGUUUGUGAUGGUAUUUCUUGUUUAUUACCAGAAGAUAAUUUCAAUAAGAUUUUAAAUACAGUAUUAAGUACUGUGAUUACAUGUAUGCUGGCACUAGUCAUGUUUUCCAUGGGCUGCACUGUGGAAAUAAAAAAAUUUUGGGGCCACAUAAAGCGCCCCUGGGGAAUAGCAGUAGGGUUUCUUUGCCAGUUUGGAAUAAUGCCUCUCACGGCAUUUGUAUUAUCUAUUGCAUUUGAUAUACUCCCCGUUCAAGCUGUUGCCGUUUUAAUAAUGGGGUGCUGCCCUGGAGGAACGAGCUCCAACAUCUUGGCAUAUUGGGUAGAUGGUGACAUGGACUUGAGCAUAAGCAUGACGACAUGUUCAACACUCUUGGCUCUGGGCAUGAUGCCUCUGUGUCUCUUUCUGUACACCAAGAAGUGGGUGAAUUCUAAUGACAUUGUGAUUCCCUAUGACAGUAUAGGUAUUUCUCUAGUAACCUUAGUAGUUCCUGUUGGAAUAGGAAUCUUUGUUAACCAUAAGUGGCCCAAACAGGCUAAGAAAAUCCUUAAGGUUGGCUCUGUUACAGGAGCAAUUCUUAUUGUGCUUAUAGCUGUCAUUGGUGGAGUUCUAUAUAAGGGAUCCUGGAUCAUAACUCCAUCAUUAUGGAUUGUGGGAACAAUAUUUCCAGCUGCAGGAUACACAUUUGGCUUCUUCUUGGCCUAUAUAUCUAAACAAACAUGGCGAAGAUGUCGCACAGUGGCGCUAGAAACAGGCAUGCAGAACACCCAGCUUUGUACAACCAUCGUCCAGCUCUCAUUUUCCCCUGAGGAUCUUGGCCUGAUGUUUACAUUCCCACUUAUUUACAGUAUUUUCCAGCUUGUAUUUGCCUUUAUAUUUGUUGGAGGCUACAAGUUGUAUGUGCGAUGCUUUGGGAAGACAGAAAACAAUGAAAAAGAUGUUGAAGAAGAAAAUAAACCCAAUGCACUUCAUGGAGAAACCAAUGGAGGGUUUCAAAUUGAGGACAAAGCUAAUAGCUGAAUAGAUUACCAAUGCAAUGCUGAUUGUAAUGCAUGCCUACUAGUCUAUAAACUUUAUAGUUCUGAACGACUGGGUUUAAAAACAAAAAAAAACAAAGAUUUGCCUUCUGACUCCACAACAAGGCUUUAUAAUUUAGAGUAACGUACGACCAAGACUUGUCCCAGUUUAUUUUUUUAGUUAAUAUUGGUCAUUUUGUACAAAUUAAGGUUGCCUUGGAUGUUAUUGUGCAAGCCACCCCUCCCCCCAAAAAAGUGGCUUUAUUUAUACAAUGUAUUAUAUACUGCACUUGUAUUUCAAUGUAUAUAGUAAGAGGCUUUUGUAUUUGUGUUGUGUUAUCCAAAACAUUUUAGCAGUUAUUUGUCUUUUUCUUUUAAAUAAUGAACAGCUUUCUACUUGUCAGUCAACUACCAUAUCCUUUGUGCUCAGACAAAACAGAUUUGCAGUUCAGCAACAAUAUGACUGUUGUCAUUAACGGCAAUUUGGCUUUGCAAAAUAUUUAAUAGAUCCUUUAUGCGUUUCGAAAUUAUGAAAAUCUAGCUGUGAUGAUGGAAAUUGGAAAAAAAAUCCCAAGUCAGAAACUUUGUGCUUUUAUUAUCAACUAAGUUUUUCAAGGUUAUUAAAAUGGAGUAAUGAUCCAUAGUAUGAAAGCAGUGAUGCAAACUAAAGCUACAGAUGAGUAAAGUAGCAAAAAUUAUUAUUUAGAGCUGGAGUAACUGAAACUAUUUUUACAAAACCAGAACUUGAAUAAUAAUGUUAAAAAGGCAUCUGAAAUAAUAAUAAUAUGCUCACAGCCGGCAGUCAAUAGGGCAGAAAGCUCAAACAUACUAGUUUAAUUUUGAAUUCAUGGAAGGAUGCUAUUUUGGACCAAAUAACAGAUGAAAAGCAGUUGUAAAACGGUUUGAUGCAUAGAUACAGUUACAGAGUACUUAAACACCCAGGCAGGCCAGCAAGUAGGGAAAGGCUAUUGGGGGAACAUGCCAAGGACCGCAACAGGUUAAUUUUAGUAGGAGAGCAGAGAAUUCAGGCUUUAGUUUGGGGAUUUGGAUUUGUUUUAACAGUGCAAUUCAGAAACAUAUUAUGAUUGAAAAAACAAAAAAACAAAUCUACAAUGUUUAUCUGGGCAAUUGAAGGAACAAUUGGAGGUGCUAAAUGAUAUACAAAAACAAAGAUAUGCUUUGAUCAUGUACCCUAAUCCCUGUCAGUUUUUAUUAUACAAAUUGGAAUUUCAAAUCUAUCAAGACACUUGUACAGGACCUAUUAUCCAGAAUGCUUGGGACCUGGAGCUUUUUGGAUAAGGCAGCUUUCUGUAACUUGGAUCCCCAAUAGUGAUAGGCGGAUUUCUCUCGUUUCGCCGAAAAAUUAGCGAAACUCAAAAAUUGACGCUUGUGUCAAUUUUGACCCCGGUGUUAAAGUCAA